CAACGCACUACCAGACCAACCCAACCCAACGCCACCCUGAAAUGAAAAAUUCCAAGUAGAUCGAUAUAUCGCUUGACGGAGGUUGAACCGACGAUGGCCGACGACGAGCUGGAGCAGGAGCAGGAGCAGGAGCUGGUGGUGCCGGAGGCCGACGAGCGUAGCCGUUGGAUAGCGCGGCACCCUGUGGGCUGCGCCGGCGUCUCGCUUGUUUGCAUCUACUGCCACUUGGCCACCGACGACCCGCUCUUCACGCUCCUUAUCCUUCUGCUCGGCCUCCUCGCCGUAUUUCUUUACGACCUUGCCUGGGUUUAUAUGAACGACAGUGCUGUGGCCGCGGACGAGCCGGAGGAGGAGGUGGAGCUGGAGGUGCCGGAGGCCGACGAGCGUAGCAGAUGGGCAGUGACGUGCCUCAUAGGCUGCGCCGGCAUCUCGCUUCUUCGCAUCGCAUGUCUGGUCGACCACCACAACAAUCCCCGCAUGAGCCUCCUCAUGCUUCUGCUCUUCUACCUUGGCGUAUUUCUUUGCGGCCUUUUCGAGGCUUUUGUUAUCCAAAGGUACCUCAACGUGGAGGGUCAGCAAAAGCUGGUAGAUAAAUUCUUGUUAUUUUAUUAAUCAAUAAAUAAUUCAUCCAUCCAUUCAUGCAUCUUUCUAUCAAUCUGUAAUUUUUUUUGAACACUAUCUAUCUGUUAAUCCUAUAUUUAUCAGCCAA